UAAGGUAGGUAGGAAUGUCCAACCAUAUUAAUAAUAACUCUCAGAAUCUCUGCCCGAUUUUCACACUGUUUGGUUUGUUACAACGACAUGGAUAUAGCAAUAAUACAGAACAAUUUCACCAGAAAAAAAUAAAAAAUAUAUAUUUUUUCAAUCCUAUUUGUAAAAUAUAAUCCUACGUGAUCUGGUUUCAAUACUGCAUAGUGUUUUACAAUCAUAGAGUGCAAAAAACGGUUGUAGUUCCUCGUUCUCCAGUAACCCCGUUUGGCUCUUGAACGAACCUGGAGUGGGGAGACCUAUCUUGGGUUACGCUCCAGCAAGCAAUGAGGCGUCUACGUAUAUAAUGUCUAUGGAUUUUCAAACCGCUACUUCGCAGGUUUCAAGUGUGCUACCGCCAUCUUUCGGUCAGUCAUCACAGUGCAGAUACAGUACAUACAAACUUUUUGCCUUUUUUUUCAUCACGAAGGCGUUUGGCAUUUUAAUAUAUAAAACCCAGUUGUUACUGUUUUUUAAUGGAGUAAAGUUUCCAAUUUACUAAAAAAGAAGAGAGAAUUUCCAUGCCAAAAUGUACAUGUACGUGAGGGAUAAUUUCAGAUAAUAUUUUUUUAUCAUGUUAACUCAGGAACAGCAUUUCCUUCUCACAAAUUUUUUUGCCAUAAUUCUUAAAUAUUUACAGCGCUCAUUAAAAAGGGAGGGGGUGGAAAGCAGGAAAGAGGAUAUUAACUAUAAAAAGACGAUAUUCACAAUAAUAAUAAUUAAAUAAUGAUGGUAAAAUUAAUGAUAAAACGGAGUAACAUAAAUGAGCAGAAAAAAAAUCAAAUCAAUAAAAGGCUUUGUCUUUAUCAGAAAACAAACUGAUAGAUUCAGCCCGAAGACCUUUAUUUGACAGCCUCGAUUAUCCCAUUCAGUCACGUGGUCAAAGUUGUGUACCACGUGAUCCGUAUGACGCAGCCAGGUUGCUUGGGACAGCCAGUUGUAGUUUUGACUGUUAGCUAACGGGGUUAUUUGCGGGAGCUGAAGUGUCCGCGGUGCGUCCUAUCGCCCCGUCGGCUUUGCUGACUCUUCAGACCUGAGUUUGGAUCAUAUAUAACCACCAUCGGGUUUUUUUUUAAACGGAGCAACACUGGUUUUGAUUCUUCUAACACAGCUAGCACCAGCUAGCGGAUCCCCCUCACCACAGUUAGCCUGAUAGUUGCUGAGCAGUGAUGGAGUGGCUGGGCAAUGGAGCUUCAGUUCACCCCGACCAAGAGUCAAGCUGUGACCCAACUUCAGCGACCAGAGACUUUAGUGGUAUCUGUCCUCAUCAGCAGGUAAUUCUCCUAUGAUGGCCUCUGUGAUCUUGACUCCUACCCUUGUUGGUGUCACAGAGGUAACUGAAUUAAAACAUGCUAACUAGCUGAGUCUGUUUGAGUUCAUCUAAGGUUGUUCAUGCCAAGCUCAGCACCUUAACAGUAAGAACAGUAUGAGCCAUGUCACUGUCUUUUUUGCUAUUUGAUCUUUUCUGCCAUCACAUUUCAUCAGUAACCCACAAGGCACACAGCACAAGAGUUCAAACCAGACAAAACGACGACAAGGUGUUAACUUCAAGUUGUGAAACCACUUCAGCUUCUUGUCAACUUUAACAGGCAGCUCUGUGAUAAAGAGAUCACCCGUAAAGUCCUCUCAGGACACAAGCUGAAGUCUGAGCCAGUAGGAGAUCAUCCGUGAGUAGGAUGGUGAGAUCAGAGGCUUCAACAAGACUUUUCCUCAGCUCCUCGUUAUUCUCAGACACUGACAACAGUGUGUGAUGUUUGUUGUUGGCUAGGGGAAGGUAUUUUGGCAGUUGGGGUUACCAUGUAGCCAUGGGUGAUAUGGAAUCAAGCACUGAUUUAUUUUUAGCCAUCUCUCGCCCCACCCUGUAGCAAAUACAGCAUGGUUGUGGUCAUGAAAGCUUAAAAGCAGGGGCCUACAUUAAGGCAGAGAUCCAGAGUGAGAAGGCAUUUUGUGGGGGUCAGCUGUACAGUUUUUAGGAGAGCCAAAUAUUCUGUGGAAAAUGACAUACACUACUUUGAAUUCAUGGGAAGGGGAAAAAUAGAACUCAUAAGUAGCUGUGUAGUAAAUCAAAGUCUUUUCGUCUCAAUAUGAACCCCCCUGACUUGUGCUUUGUCAUGCUCAGUCUCACAACAACACUGUCAGAUUGUCUUUCAACAAGGAGAAAAGCAAGUCAAAAAAAAACACAAGUUUCUUAUUCAUGCAGUUUGGUCUCAUAAAGCCAAAAUAAGGCUGGGCGAUAUGGGAAAAAGUUUAUCAUGAUAUAUUUUUUCAAAUCAGUUGAUAUCGAGAUAAAUCACAAUGUAAAAAGUGAAAUUUAACAGUCCUUAUUGGUAACAUCUCUUUCACAAUACAAUAAGCUACUGCAUCUGUGAGGUCUUUGUGUCUCUUCUACGUUUUGUCGUAAGGCGUUGUGCUAGAGAAAGCGGACUGAAUGUAACCUGAAUUGUAACCUUUUGCAUUGCGUGUGCUCUGCCACGUGGCACUGCUUCAGGUGGAUUUGAGCUAUUCCCCAACUUUGCAAGAACAUGUACUCGGCAUAAUUUGCAGAGCACAUUUUACUCUGCUUCAUGUCUGACCUCGAAAAACCAAAAUACCUCCACACCACCAACGUUUUCAUGCCAGUGUUGUCGACAAUGUCAUAAACUGUUGGGCCUUCAUCUGCAUUUUUGCUGGGAUUAGCUCUCAUUUUCUUUUGUCCCCACUGACAGUGCUGUCGGCUUCACGUGUUUAAGUGCUAUGGUUGCGUGUAGCUGCAGCCUGCUACUACGCAGUUGUUUUCUACAGACCCGGAUCAACUCCUGUUUUCAUUGGCUAUUCAUAUAGUCUACUAAAACAUGGCAGAAUGCCCACUAUUUAAAAGGACAUUGACCAUGUUUUACAUUGAUAUUGAGGGAAAUAAACUUUUGAUAUAAAUUGUUAUCGUUUUAUCGCCUAGCCCUAUGCUGGAGCCUUUGUUCCUUUGGCAAAGGAGAGUUUUUUGGGGGUCAUUUUCAUAAGUUAACAUUUGUUUAACAGUUGAGGUGACAAAUUUUAUUCUUUGGGUGCUCAACUUCAAGAUUGCAAAAAAAAUGUAUGUGAGCAUGUCAGAUGUUUGUAAGGUUUGGUGUAGAACACAGGUAUACUUCUGUCUCUGGGAAAUGCCUGUCUAAAAGCAGUGAAGGUGGCUCUGAUUCAUAAGAAAAACUCUGAGUAUAGCUCAGAGGACGUUCAGGAUGUGGUUAGAAAUUGUUAAGGGGAAAGCAUAAAGACUAGAAACAGUAAGUGUUUGAGGCAUUUUGAAACUUUCUUGAGUCACAGUUUAAGUGAAACAGUUUGUUUUUCUCACAUCUAAUCCACAGCAAACAUCAUCAUUACGCCUUUGUGACUGUGCCAUGGCGUCCCUGUGCCAGAGCCAGCAGCGCUGUGUGAAGGCAUCCAUCGUCUCCAGCUGGAGGCUGGCUGAGGCUCAGGAUCAGCUCUGUUCACUGGGCGUCCACAACUCUGAGUCACAAGAGCAGGAACGCGCUCGGACCCUGGUGUGCUCCACAGAACUCAUACACACAGUGGAGGAGUGGCGCCGCAAGGAGAGCAUGCUGGGAGGUCAGGAACUCAGCCGCAGUCCUGUGCUUGGAGCCGUUGGGAGUUGGGAUGUUUUUGAUAAGGUAAAAGAAAGGACUUUCUCUUUUUAGAUUAGUGACACAUAAAGCUAGUGCAGAAAAUGAAUGGUGAACAAAGAAAUCAUAGAAACAUGGUCUUAAAGGAGCAGUUGCAAUAAGUAUAUGUGUGAAUGCAUUCUGUUCUAUAUAUUCUGUGUCUAUAUACAUUUUUUUCAAGAGUUUGUUCUCUCUUUCAGAGUAUCAUCAAUGUCCAAAAUCAGCCCGCAGAAAUGGAUCAAGACAAGUGCUCUUUUCUCCAAAAGUAUGAGCAAGAACUCAGGCAUUUUGGUGAGUGAGGAGCCGGAUUUAAAGUUUGUUAUAAAAAUAGUCUCACACGCAGUAAAUGUUCAAUCAUCUUGUAAGAUUUUGAGAAUCCACUGUUGUUUCUGCACAAUCUCUAGACUCUUGUCAUCAUUUAAGUGUAACCAAGUGAUAGUUUCUCAUUUUGUGUGCACAUUAACAGAGAAGUUGUCUGUCAGUCACCUCAAAUACACUGUCUGUUCUAAAAUAUUAACCUUAUUAAAUGUUUGUUCUGGAGGGACAGAAACUGAAUCUAAGAAGCUGCUCAGUGCUGGUUUAAAAAAGAAUAAUAACUUCCUUUAAUCUGUUUCACUGACAAAAAAGGGUUUCCAUACUUCUACUGUCACACACCGCAGUAGCAGGUGCCAGUUCCAACAAAAAUGCUCCGGUAUUUUUUGUACCUCUGCAGAAAAUAUAAACUGGUGAUGAUUUUAAUGUGCUGUUUUUUAGGUAUGUUGCGGAGAUGGGAUGACAGUCAGCGUUUCCUGGCAGACAUGCCUCAGCUCAUCUGUGAAGAGACGGCAAAUUAUUUAAUUCUGUGGUGCAUGAAGCUACAACAAGAGGGGGUAAGACUCACCAGAAAGGGAUGGAAAGGCAGUCCUCUAACAACCAAGAAAUAUGGCAUUUAUUACACUGAAAUCUGGACUCAUAGUUUUUGAAACAAACACUCUAUCUGUCAGAAAGUGCUGAUUGGACUGUAGAUAAUUCACUAUAAGAGAUCCUUGGCAGCAGCCACUGGACACAGCAAGUAGUCUGCAUUCUUUUCUCCUUUUUUUUUCAGAAAGAAGCUCUUAUGGAGCAGGUUGCACAUCAAGCUGUAGUCAUGCAGUUCAUUCUAGAGAUGGCUUCAAACUCUCAGCAGGAUCCUCGAGGCUGCUUCAGACAGUUCUUCCACAAAGCCAGAGUAAGACAUACACAACCAAGUAAUGUUAGCUGUCUGUUUGUAAAUGUACUGCACCUACCUGAGUGCCUAUUAACAGCUUGUCCCUUCGAUACAUGUUAUUACAGAGUCUAAAGAUAUAAUUUCAUGACUUUUGUCGCUGCAGGACGGACAAGACGUCUAUUUAGAAGUCUUCCACACAGAACUUGAGGCCUUCAAACACAGAGUGAGAGAAUAUGUACUCAAGCGUAGAGAUGACACACACAACAUCAUAGAGCAACACAAAACUGGCACAAACUGCAUACUGAACCCCAAAGAAGCCUUGGAUUCUUUACCUCCAGUAAGUGUUCCUUUUCUGCUUUUUUUUCUCUAUUAAUGGUGGGAGUGUAUUACGGCUGCAGUUUCCCUUCACAGCUGCAGGGGGAACCUUUGAGCCUUCAAUGUAUAUAGGGUAAUCAAUAGUUGAAUCAUGGAUUUUGUAAGUAUCAGCACUUAUGAUCAAUUACUAGGUCAUAGAAAUCAUACUAUUUUGCUCUUGCAUGGUUCUUUCAGAGGCAAAACAGAACCCUGGUGAUUCAUUGUGAUGUGUUUCCAUUGGAGUGUUUUUCAUAUCUGAAAGGUUAACUAUGUGAUCUUAGAUACAAAAUAAUACACAUGAUUAGUUAAGAAAUCAUGUUAUCACACAGUUUGUGCAACAGGUCCUCCUUCAACUCUUAUCCACAUAGUCAUAAUCUUAUGCUCAAAUUCUGUUUCUGUGUUUAUUUAUUAGUUGCAGGUUAGAUCAAUAUUGGGAAUCUGACAAACUAUCAUGAGUUACUGAUAAUAGAUUGAUCAGCAACCAAGAAGGCACUUGAUGGGGAGUUAAAACAACAUACAGUAUGUUACACAUAUUUGCUUUGUUCAGAAAUCUGCAUUUGGCCAUUUUCUAAAAAUGUUAGUAUUAGUAACCUGAAGCCUUCCUUUCUCAUCAUGCAAAUAACAACCAGUAAAAGUAGCUGACCAAUCGAGAUACAUUGAAAAUGAUACUGCGACUCGAGAUCGACUCGACUCCCCGCUCUUUCUACUUUUAAAUCACUUCAUAAAACUCAUUUUUAUUCCUUGGCUUUAAGCUCAGCAUGAGAGUUGUGUGAUCUCUGUCCUUUUAUAUCUUUCAUGGUCCUUUUAUCACUUUUAUUUCUUUUAUGCUUUUGUGCUUUUUAUUUCAUUUAAAAAAAAUUUACCUGCUUUUAUUUAGUUCCUCUUGAUUUCUUUUAAUUUUACUGUGCAGCACUUUGGUAAACUUGAAUGUUUUCUUUUAAAUGUGCUAUAUAAAUAAAGCGGAUUGGAUUGGAUUGGAUUGGAUUGAAUGUGACAGGUUUUCCUCCCUCAAAUAUAAAGUACGAUUAUUUCUCCAUAUAGUUUUCAAAGUACAAACAGUACAGGAUAUUCACAUCUUUGCCAAUAGAGAUCCUUGACUCCUCAUGAUUUGGUGCCUUUGGUACAAUCGUGAUGCUUUUCCAGAUGAGAUUUGCAAAAAAUAUCUUAAGAAGUUAAAAGCCUUUUGAAAUAACUUAUACAGAUGUAAAGUGUUUUUUAAAUUGACUAGUGUAUCAAUAUUCAGAUGAAGUAGCGUGUCAAAGUUGCUAAAUGGCGAAACAUUUGUAUGCGAGAGUGGACUGGGCCCCAAGCUGGCCCCACAGCUUGACCGUCUGCCAAACAUCUACUCAGAGAGAAGAAAAUACUCCCCCCUCUUCUCCCACAAAGGAAAAGGAGAGACGGCCACGCAGGAAUGUGAUCUGGCCCGUUGUCAUAGAAGCACAUCUCUCCCACUGCAUCGAUUCCCUUUUUUCUUAUUCUUUUACAAGUUCUUGCAUCCCUAGAUCUAUUUCAGUUCAAACCUUUGCAGAGAAAACGUGAAAUCACAUUGAAAAUAUGCGGUUCUGAUCAGAUUACUGCAUGAAUGUUAAAGCAGCAGAGUGCAGUUACAUAACCAUCACAAUCCUUUAACUCAGCGGCAGUAGGUUAAUCCUCCUGUGGCCUCCCUCCAUCUCAAUCUGAACCUAUUUGGGAUUUGAUUUGCUCUUGACCAGCCUCACCUAUGAAUCGUUUCUGAUUAUAAUGAGUCCCUCCUGUCUUUGUCUCCCUCCUCCAGGUGGCAGAGUAUCCUACAAAGAGCUGUAUAGAGUCCGGACUUUGGACAAACACAGUGAGGUGGACGAAAGAUGAUGCCACAGAAACAGAUGAUAUACUCACAAUGGAGACAUCCUAGUGACUGUAGAAGCUGCCCCUGCUUUUCUUCCAUCUCCAUCGUCUCUCCCAUUUAGGAUCAACCUGAGUUUAAAGGCUUUCUCUGCAGGGGCGAAAACAGCCGGAUAACAUCAGCGCAUGAACAAAAAUAAACAGGAUUGCAUAUGUUUUUAGAGCUGGAAUUCCUCAGCAGAGAACCGGCAGAAAAUGAUCUUUCUCUCGUGAUCAACAUGUCUCAGUGUUGUUCUUAUUAUGGCUCUGUGGAGGCCUCUGCUGAGUCCCAUCCCACAGCGUCUCCCACCAGCUAGAUGCAUGUGUUUCGCAAAGACCACAGGUGUUACAGAUGGAGCUAUCGUGUCUUUGAAUCUGGUUUUCCUGAUAGAGAGAAACAUUCUUCAGGUAGGGCAGACAAACUGACAAAAACUCUCAAAUUAAAGAUGGAUUCCAGACAACACAAACAUCUCAACAGGACAUUACAUACCAAAUCUAGUGCCUAUAGCAGGACUGGGGUCAGAUUUAAUGGUUAAUGGUGAUAUUUAUUGGAGAGAAAGUGUCAUGAGGUAAAAGGAUUAACUGAAAAUGUGUCGGUAAGCUCAGUGUAAUUCAAGUCAUUAGAUUUUCAAUGAUGAGCACACUUCUUCUUAGCAUGUUAGCAAUAGUGUUCUCCUGAAAGCUGUGAGUCCAUCUGGGCUGAAAGGGAAAAGCUGUCAGACAUUUUUAUGACCAUUCAUGACACAAACAGCCUCUCGUCUUUUAAUUUUAUCAGUUCAAAAUAUGUGCUGCUGAGAGAAGAAGACUUGUCUGUAUAUAUAUCUGUGUAUAUAUUUUGCAGCAAAGGUGUAGAGGAGUUGUGGUGUCUUGGAUAUGUGCGUUUGUCUUCCAGCAUUUAACUGGUGUGACUGCGAUGAAACUAACAUUGAGAAGUAGAGAGGUUGGAUUAUAAGGUUUCGUGUCAGGCUCUGAGGAACGUUUUCAGCAUGUGAGUGGUGGCACAUACGCCCGCAUCUUUUGAGGAAAAAUAAUGCCAUAUGUGUGGGCAGCUGGUCAUGUGGCUGACUCAGAUCCUCAAAAUUGAAAAGAAGAACAGAUAUUUCAAGAUGGCAGCUUUUGGUUGAUAUGAUUUCACUUCUUUUCUGCUGUCAGCUUACAUAGUUAUGAUAGGACCUGAUUGCUGCCAUUGCUCAUUGUGCCAGUGAUGUCAACAGAAGUAUUUUUUCUUAUCAAGAUCUGCAGUUCCUAGAAAGUCUCAUGCACCUCUUGCAUUGCAUUGCAGGACAAAAGCCGUUUUAAAAACAAGAGUUUUCUGAAUAGUACUCCUAGAGUCUUAAAGGAAAAUUAUCAGAUUUCCACAAUAAUAUGAACAAUUUAAGGGAAAGUUUGGCUUUUUGGGAUCAGGUACGUAUGAGUUACUUGCCAUUAAUAAGUGUAUUUCCCACAUUCAGCUCUGCCCUUUUGAUUUUCUGUCCUUUCCCAGCUGUUUUUUCAACAAAGGGGCCAAAGUUGACCCCUGUGAGCAUUACAAUUCGUACUGGCAAGGAUUUUUAAUUAAUCAGAGCAGUGUACUACAGGUGGAUAAUGAUGAUAAAAGGGCUGAGCUCUCUACAAAGACCUAUACUGUAUGAGUGAAUGCAGAAAACUGCAUCUGAAUGUUUCCUGCACUUUAUGUUUUCUCUUUUAAAGACAGAAAUGUCUUUUUUAAAGGGAUCGAGGGUGUAUGAGGCACUAAAUGUUACGAUUCUUUCUCAUACCAUAUUCUGAUUUUGUCGCUUUUUUUAUGUUUUCCCUGAUAUUUUUAUUCGAAAAACAAGCUUUGGCUGAGCUUGUGUAUAGGUUGUGUGACAUUUUGGUCGUUUUGCUCUGUGUUUGCUGCUUACUCACCAUCGUUCAGGGGUACUUGCACCAAAUUUAUAGGCUUCCAUAUAGCUGUCCUUUUAUUCUGGAGAGAGGGCAUUUUUAGUCAACAAGUUGGACAAAAUCAGUGUGAAAAAUCUGUUGAUCAACACAAUCAGUGUGACUUUCCUGAAGAUAAUGCAGAACUGAAGAUAUCACACAGUGCAUUAAAGACCAUUGCAUUUGUUGUUGAUUCUCAGAAGCUCCUUGAUCCGUGGACGUCUCACUCUUCAUUAUUUGAGUCUUGGCCCCACAGUGUUUUUCUCUCUUUUUUUGGAGUACAUCUAAAAGAAGUAUCCAUACUAAAGAGUAAACAAAAACAGUGGUAUUGUGAGAAUUUAAGCUAAAAUAGUGUACCACAGUGGUCUUAAAUGUUACCUUUCACUGUCCACAGUGAUUAAGCAACUAUGCAAAAAUAACUGUAUGGCUUUAACUGUUGUACCCAACCUGUGGCCAGUGUCCAUAGUGUCUCAACUUCCUGAAUAAGCUUUAGGGCAUCACUAUAUUAACAAGUGUACAUCCAACAGACUCAAAUACACGUCCGUUGAGUUGUGGGAAAAGAAUACAAAUCUCCAUAACAGGCUUCUGUAAGAAUUGGCCAGUCUUGCUGCUGUAAUAAGCCUGAACAUAAAACCAAUGCUAAAGUAGAAGUUUGUGAAUUGUUGCUGCAACACUUGACUUGAAAUUACUCGAUUGGUAGAUUUAUUAGAAGGUGACAUCUGCUUUUAUCCAUCAUUUAGUGCGUAACCUUGGUUACGUAUGGUGGAUCUUGAGGAUGAGGUUGAAAACACUUUAAAGGUGUAUCCUUUUACACUGUAAAAGUUUUACAAGCAGUUCGUGGCUUCUUUAUGGCUAAUUUCAAAGCGUUGAUCCAAUAAAAUAGUGUGAGAGAUAUGACUAAAUUGAGUUUCCAUACCUGUCGUAGCUUUGCUCUCAUCUCAUUGAGGCUUCGUUAACCAGCACUAGCACACUACCUUAACACACCUGCACUGACGUCUUUGUUGGGUGGUUGAGUUGCAUUGUUGGUAUUGUAGGCAGAUUUUCAAACAUUAUCUUGUUUCCUUCACAUUGAAUUUGAUGCUUUCUUUUAACUGAAUAGAAGGCUUUAAAAAGUCAGUUCUAGCAGUGCUUCUUUAACUAGCAGAUAAACUCAAUUAAAACGAUAAUUGAAGCUAAAAGCUCUACUUGUGGUGUUAAAUAAAUGCAGUCACAAAACUAAAAUAAUAGUAUCAGAAGUUUAUUGUGACUCACAAUAAAUACUUACAAAGCAGUUGGAUGUCGUCUAUGAAAAUAAUUGUGCUUUAAAAUAUUGUAUUCAAGUGUUCAAAAGUUCACACAGUACGGUUCAGGAAACAUUCAUGGCAUAAAUCUACAGUACACCAUAGGCAGGUUAGCAUUUAAGUAUCUUUAAACAAGAUAAACACUUAUUAAGACAAAACACAGAUCUGCAGAUCAAGAUUAAAUGUUUUGAUGUAAGACGAUGAACUGUGCUUAUAAUAGGACUUUAAGUUUAAUUCUUUGCUUAUUAAGUUAAAUAAAUGAAGAUUUAAAAAGACAUUUAUAGACUUGGUCACAACAAGGAAUGCCCAUUACCCAUUAAAACUGACUUGCCUGGAAAAGCAACAACAUUAAGACUUGAAGUGUUUGACAGCAGUUGUUAUACAAUGAUGGCUUAUGAAAAUAAAUCUUUUUUGAAUAAAUGUGUCUUUUUAUAUAUA